AUGGUUGAUGAAUCUCCACGCAAAAAGUGUAGGCCAGAGCCGGGUGAAGCUGCUGUUCUCCGAGAGCGGAUGCGAGCCUCAUGGCCGAAGCAUGUGGUUUGUGACAGUGACGAGGAUAGGGAAAGCAUCCUUGAGAUGUGUGUGGAGCACGACGCUCCGCACGAUAACUGUGCUUUGGAGUGGUGGGGUGUGAACGGUCGAAUCGGCGAUAAUGGCCGUUUCGGUUUAUUUGUCACAUUCGCUCGCCUCGCCUUUGCAGGUGACGAUGAGCCGCCAAACAUCAACGAUCCUGUCCCAUACGCUGCCGCAGUGAGUUGGGUGCUGGUGGAUCAUGAAACCAAAAAGUACUACCGCUUCAGCGAAGUGGACCAUCAGGCUCCGCUCGUAGCGGCGUGUCUGGCGGCAAAUGGAAGGUGCGCCGUUGACGAGCACUUCCUUACCGCCUUGGCGGAGCAGUUCGGCCAGAAUCGUCUACCGCUGCCGGACUUACUCAUGGCGGGGCCCGCGUCGGUGCGUUUGGGUGGCCUCGAUAUCCACUACGCGGAAAACCAACUGAUGAUGGUCCCGCAGCCAAAAGGAAAGAAGAAGACAGCCUUCCCAUGGUACAAGCUCCACCUAUCUGGCACCACGUUUGAGACAGGCGGUGCAGAUAUGCGAGAGGAAGUGAAAGCGAUGGUGGAGCUGACACUGGUACCGACACAGAAUCCUGUUUUACAUGGUACCGACGGUGUGCUGAAGCUCGGUGGCGACUGGAGUUGUGACGUGUUCCAGUACUUUACCCCUCAUUGUAAGGUGGUCGAAGGCGAACUGCGCGUAAUACGCGCUUCCGAUAAGUUGGAGAUUGUUCGCAGCCCCAAUCUGAAGGGUGGGACGAUGUGGAUGGACCACACGUUUGGCUUCGCCCUGCCUCGAAGCAAUGAAGAGGCAAAAUAUCUGCAGGCUCAAAAAGAAUGCGCAGAUCUGUGUCACGUGUGGCAUUCGUUUUCGAUCCAGUUGGAAAAUGGUACACGGGACGCUCUUAGCGUUAUAUGCACGGUAGGCCCUGUGGAUAUGAAGCCAGCAUGCAAUUAUGUCGUGACACAGUGCGGUGACACUGGAAAGAGUGAACACCAUCACAAAGACAUUGAACUAAACGCGGACGUCACUUCACAGUUUCGCAGUGAGGAGACAGGUACACUCUUCGCCACUCGGUGGAUGCUGCGCACCCCAUUCCGUGAUGGUGCAAAACUGGAGGCUGUUAUUGAGGCGACGUUUCCCCACCAAGAGUUUGUGGCACUCGCCUUGCAGCCGAGUUGCUGGUUGGGUACGGUGCGUCUUACAGGCAAAGUCAUUGCCGCAGAUGGGUCUUCAAUCGAUGUUACAGGCAAUGGUUUCCUUAAAAGUCAUGGAAACAGCAGUCUGCAGAAGGUCACGAAGCUCUACAGUGUGCUGCGCGAAGUGGCUACCGCUGCAAUGGAGAAACCAUCUGUAGGUGCCAUGAAGUCACUAGAGGAAAUUGUGGGCGGGCCUGCAGCGUCUGCCACAAGUACAGUGAGGACACUGGUGAGUCUUCAGGGUCAUUCACUUUCGGAUGCGCAUAUGGUUGUCUUCACAACCUUCCUCGGCGCGUACGCAUUUAUCUUUCACCAUCCGAAGGACCCGAGGGAAGUCCUUGAGACACUUCAGUGGUGUCAUGGGAAAUGGCUGAGUUACUUUGGAAGCAUCUCGAUUGAUGUCAAAACGCUGACACUGCGUGCCUUUGUGCUUCGGGAGUUGUCUUAUGUCCUUGAGAAGUGCUGUGCGUCAUGGAUUCCAUCCCAUGUGCAGGUCAUUGACCUUGUGCUGUCCCCACCGAGUAGUAUAGAGGCACUGGUGGCGGUGACAGACGGGGGUUUGGCGGAGUGCAUCGUCCCAUCCGACGCACAGUUCACGACACACGCCAGUAAGUUGGACCUUUCGAAGCUGAAGGGCACCUCCGACGGCACGUGGGUGCUUGAUUCGUCGAGAGGGACCGGAAACAUCGGGGCCUUCCUUGCAGCGCAAGGUGUUGGCGUGAUGUGGCGCACUUUCAUUGAAAACUUGUCACCAAAACUCAUCAUUACUGUGGACGAGGAACAGUCGCUGGUGUGUGCCGUCAUGCGGACGUCACUGUGUAGCAGGGAACAUGUUGUGCGGUUUGACGGCACAGAGUGGGAGUGGCACAGUGCCAGUCGGGGGGCGGCGUGCUCGCGCGCCUGCGUCCUGCAGGGCGGGGCAGGGCUCUGUAUGGAGACAACGCUGUCAAGUGGCCUGAUGGAGCGCACAUGGUACACGUUUCAGGACGAUGGGAAGACGAUGGUGGAGACAUUGCGUUUAUACGACACAAAGCAAAGUGAUGCCAAGGGCAAGGGGAAUGAGAGCGAUGACAAUCUGCGCAUGCAGCCGAUAUCUGUCUGUGUGCGGUAUUUUAUUCUGCGUCUCGACGAAGAUGCGAAGUGA